AAUCCUGGAUCAACACCAAAUCAAAACCCAACACUCUCACAAAAACUCUCUCUCUCUCUCUCUCUCUCUCUCUCUCUCAUGGGUUGGUUCUGGUCCUUACUGAUUCUCAGUCUUCUCCUCACCCUCUCCAAAUCUCUAUCUUCCUUCACCUCCGAUCAAUUCGACACUUGGUGCAAACAACAUGGAAAAACAUACUCUUCAGAGCAAGAAAAGCAGCACAGACUCAAAGUCUUCGAACACAACCAUGCCUUCGUUACCCACCACAAUGCCGAAGCUAAUUCCUCUUACACCCUCUCGCUCAACGCCUUUGCCGAUCUCACCCACCACGAGUUCAAGGCCUCUCGCUUGGGUCUCUCUUCCUCUGAUGAUUUGAAGAGAUUCGACUACUUUAGGCCAUCAAUUCUUGAAGAGCUAAGUGCUGUUGCUGAUGUUCCUUCUUCGGUUGAUUGGAGGAAGAGUGGAGCAGUUGCGGGAGUCAAAGAUCAGGGCAGUUGUGGUGCUUGUUGGGCAUUUUCAGCCACAGGAGCCAUAGAAGGUAUCAACAAAAUUGUAACUGGGUCUCUUGUCAGCCUGUCUGAACAAGAAUUAGUUGAUUGUGACAGAUCUUACAAUAGUGGCUGUGACGGUGGGCUCAUGGAUUAUGCAUAUCAAUUUGUCAUAAGAAAUCAUGGGAUUGACACCGAGGAAGAUUACCCCUUUCAAGGUGGGGGAAAGUCUUGUAACAAAGAAAAGCUAAAACGACAUGUUGUAACCAUAGAUAGCUAUAUAGAUGUUCCCCCAAGUAAUGAGCAACUCCUCCUACAAGCUGUGGCAACUCAACCUGUAAGUGUGGGAAUAUGUGGUAGCGAAAGAGCAUUUCAGUUGUACUCUAAGGGAAUAUUUAAUGGGCCCUGCUCAACUUCUUUGGAUCAUGCUGUGUUAAUAGUGGGUUAUGGUUCAGAAAAUGGAGUUGAUUACUGGAUUGUAAAGAACUCAUGGGGUAAGCGUUGGGGAAUGGAUGGUUAUAUUCACAUGCUACGUAAUGGUGGGAAUUCUGAAGGAGUUUGUGGGAUCAACAUGCUAGCUUCGUAUCCGGUUAAAACAAGUCCUAAUCCACCACCUCCUCCUCCCCCUGGUCCUACAAAAUGUGACAUAUUCACUAGCUGUUCACAAGGUGAAACCUGCUGCUGCACAUCACAGUUUCUGGGCAUUUGCUUUUCGUGGAAAUGUUGCGAGUCAGAUUCGGCAGUGUGUUGUAAGGACCACCAUCACUGUUGCCCUCAUGAUUAUCCGAUUUGUGAUACUAAAAGGAAACAGUGCCUCAAGCUAUCUGGCAAUGGCACAAUGGCAAAAGCGCUUGAGAACAAAUGGUCUUACAAUAGCUGGGGUUUCCUUCUCGAGGGUUAAAAUAUGUAGACUGUAGACAUGCUGAUUACUGCAAUACUGAGUGUUUGUUUUUGCAUACUCCUUUACCAUUAACGUGCUGUGCCUACAAAGAAACAGACGGAUUUUCAAGCAUGGAGGUAUUCAUUCUGUUGAUCAGUGGAUUCAAUUUUGUUGAAGCUACUGCUUCAAUAACAUUGAAAAGCGUUCUUCCGGUGUAGUUUUUGUUGUUUUGCAGAUUAAAUGUCCAUGUUCUGUAGACAAUAGUGCAUAAUUGAUCAGCCAAAAUGGAAUAUAAGUUGUUUUACUGUUGCUA